GAUAUACACUGCACAUCCUUUGAAAAGCAGUCCAGUUUUCAAUAACUGUACAGCUGUGAUGAAGUCAGACUCUUUAGCCCAACAAUGAAACUAAAAUCAUCCAUUCUUGUGAUGGUACAUUUUCUUCAAGGCUGCAUUGUGCUUGGGCAGACAAUUUGCAAAGGGUAUUCAGUAUUAGAAUGGAAAACUCAGCCAACAGUGCAUGUAGUGAAGUGGUCUCUGACCCAAACCAUCUGUUUCAACACUUACUCAGACUGCUGGAAUACUGAUUCAGAUCUCAAAAGGAACACAGUAGAAAUGAUAAUUCCAACUAAUCUUCAACUUUGUCCUCUGCAACUUCAGCUGGGAGAUUCUCUUUUUGUUUCAUCUGAGCCAUCAUUUCAGUCUUAUGGAAUGAACCUGGCCAAUGUGUCCUUUGAAGAAUUUAUGAGGUGCCCCCAAGAAGAUGUCCCUCAGAAACAGUUAAUUUUUGGUUGCAGGUUAAGAGGAAUGCAUCAAAUUGACCCAAAAUGGCUUGGGAUUAGAACACAUUACUUUGUAGAGAUCCCAGCUGGAGGUCCACCUUUAUGCAAAUUAGGGCUUAGAUUGAAUAUAACAGUAAAACAGCAUCUUUGUCAGCAGUCCCCAAGUGCACCUUUUUGUUCUGGACAUGGAAAAUGUCUAAGUCAUAUCUGGAAUGAAGCAUUUCAUUGUUUCUGUAACCAGCCAUACUCAGGACAAUUCUGCCAGGAAUAUGAUGUGUGCUUCAGUAAGCCCUGUUACAACAAUGCUUCCUGUGUUGGCAGAGGGGAAAAAGGAGAAAAUGGUAGAGAUUCCUAUGAGUGCAUAUGCUCCCCAUCGUUUGCAGGCAAGAACUGUUCAGAAAUCAUUGGACAAUGCCAGCCACAUAGUUGCCAUCAUGGCAACUGCAGCAACUUAACUCCAAAUACUCACCAAUGCCAAUGCAAUAAGGAUUUUUCAGGUCCAUUUUGCAAAGAGCAUCUGGCACCAUGUAGUUCUCAACCAUGUCAGAAUAAAGGAUUGUGCCACGAUCAUCCUUCUGGAUACAGUUGCAAUUGCCCUGCAGGAUUCCAAGGUCAUGACUGUGAAGUUGACAUCAACGAAUGUUCAUCAAGACCAUGUCAAAAUGGAGGCACAUGUACUGAUAUGCCAAAUGAUGUGGCAUGCAUAUGCCUGCCGGUGUUCACAGGUAAAUUCUGUGAAAAAAUGGUGACCAUCUGUGAGCCAUCCCCUUGCCUCAAUAAUGGCACUUGCAUAGUAGGUGUGGAAAGCUAUCACUGCAGCUGCAUGCCAGGAUACACUGGAAAGAACUGUGCGGAAGUAAUUGACUACUGUGGGCUGCUCAGCAUCAACUGUCUGAAUGAAGGAUUGUGUCUCAGUAUAAUUGAAGGAUUCCGUUGCCUCUGUGCUCCUGGAUGGAAAGGAGAAUUUUGCCAAUUUGUAGAAAAUGCCUGUUUAGUGUACCCAGACCAUUGCCACAGUGGAGCUACUUGUGUUAACAUAAGCCCAUCCGAACUGCAGCCGCAGAUUGCGUGUCUGUGCCCCCAUGGUUUCACAGGUGUGUACUGUGAGACUGAAAUUAAUGAAUGUGACUCUUAUCCAUGCAAACAUGGAGGAUCAUGCAAUGACUACAUAGACCAUUUUAAAUGCAACUGUCCUAUGGGAUAUGAAGGUCAACAAUGUGAAGUGGACAUUGAUGCCUGUUUAUUUCACAACAUAAGCUGCAGCCAUGGAGCUCAGUGUGUAGACAAGCCAUACGGACUUGCUUAUAUAUGUGGGACAGCAUGCCAGGAAAACACAGAAUUGUGUGCGAAUGGAGGACGAUGUUUCCAUGAUGAAGACAACCAGGGUUAUCACUGUGCCUGUCUUCCUGGCUGGACAGGACCUACAUGUCUGGAAAAUAUUAAUGACUGUGAAGUGAGCUGGUGCCAGAACGGAGGCACUUGUGAAGAUGGAAUCAACAAAUACAGAUGUUUGUGUCCUCCAGGUUAUUCUGGAAAAUUUUGCGAACUCAGCUUAGACCCCUGCAUUGGAAACCAAUGCUCAGACUAUGGCUUUUGUAUGGGCAAUUUGAAUAAUUACACCUGCCGCUGCAGUCUUGGCUAUGAAGGACCAUUCUGUGAAGUGGAGGCUAAUGAAUGUUCGAGUUCACCCUGCAAAAAUGGGGCCACCUGUUUGGAUUUAAUUGGCCACUUCUCAUGUCAGUGUGCCGCAGGAUUCAAAGGCAAGUUUCUGUGUUCACCUUUUAUUCAGCAGAUUUCAUAGUCAAUUUCUUCUUCACUUAAGUUCAGAUUGUAGUUAUUUUUAAUUAGACAUUUUUCUUAAUUUGCCUCAGUAUGAAGUUUACAAUAUCUGUGAAAAGUUAAUGUUCAGUAUAUUUUUCUUCCAUCACUGUUUAUAUUCUGAGGGCUGCUUUUAUGUAUUAAGAUGAGA